AUGAUUGAACGUAUCAUUGGCUUUGCUGCGUUGACAAUUGUGACGAUUCUUGGUAAUGUGAUUAUUAUAAUUGCUAUUUGUGUUGAACCUCGAUUAAAAAGUGUGAGCAAUUAUCUCAUAAUUAAUUUAGCUGUUGCUGAUUUCUUUGUUGGCACAACCGUUAUUCCAUUUAUAUCUCUAUGGGAAGUCUACGGUGAAUGGCAAUUUGGCGUACGGUUGUGUAACAUUUGGUUAUGCUGUACUUUAUUAUUUUGCACCGUAUCGUUUUUAACAAUGUCUGCAAUUGCAUUGGAUCGAUAUUUGUAUUUGAUUGAAUCUAAAAUGGACAGGAAAAGGCGGACGGUACGACGAGCUUUCUCAUUAAUUAUAUUAACUUGGUUAAUACCAGCUAUGGUAUGGCUGCCAGGUGUAUUUGCACAUAGUUAUCUCGCUGAAUAUUCGCCUAUUGUUCUACCGGAAAAUGGUUGUUAUUUACAAGCUCGUGCUGUUUAUGUUUUAAUUGCAACGACUCUACUUUUCUUCUUGCCGAUGAUUGGAAUGAUUGUUCUAUACAUAAAAAUCUUCCGUGUACUACACGGUCAGAUGAGUAAAUUAUUAAUUUGGUUAACUGAGGUCAAACGGAAUAGUGGUGAUCGUACGUCUCAAACCACUGUUUUCGAUCCAUUGACAGGGAUGUGCAACGAAGGAACAGGCGUUGGACGAGGACCUGUAUCGACGGCGAGCACCACAUCCAAUUUUCAUCAGCAAAACACACGCUGUUCCGCACAUGGCAGUAUGAAUGCUAACAAUUACAUUCAUCACCACGCACGUAUAGCAAACAAUUACGCAAUGAAUCGAGCAUUGAAAAAUCUUCCUCACAUCGAAACAAGUAAAUACCGUUUAACAUCCACAUCGACUCUCCCACCAUCAUCUCCUUCGCCAAUGCAACCAACGCCACAACCACAACUAGAACCCUUACCUUCUACUCCUACUGUACCGUUGAAUACAAAACAUAAAUUUCGUCGUGCCGUUCACGCGAUCGUCUGGCUCGGACGUACACGAGAUAUCGCCGGAACACACAAAGGUUCGUUUAAAGAAUAUCGUGAAAGUUCUCAAGCACGUACAAAUAAGAAGUUAUUUUACACGUCAACAUGGUCAUCGUCGGCAGCAUCAAACAAUAACACGUUACGACUUUCACGUAAUUCAACAUAUAGACGUGCAAUAUCGACAACAGAUUCUCUGUUACAAAGGCAGAUAAGUCUUGCACGACGACAACAACAACAAAAAGUGCGUUUAGCAAAGCAACGCCGCGUCGCACGUACACUUGGAGUGCUUAUUUUUGUUUUUCUCGUGUCUUGGUUACCCUUCACUAUUCUCUGGCCCGUUCAACGAUUCUUUGGUAUUCAGUACGUAUCAAAUAGUUUAUUAAGGAAAACACUUUGGCUGACAUAUGCAAACACAUUUAUUAAUCCAUUUCUUUAUUUUUUUUCGAAUAACGAUUUUCGUUAUGCAUUACGACGAAUUCUAAAAUGUUGCUUACGACAAAACGGCAGUAGUACAAAUAUACAAGGCAAAUAG